UGCUUGCAUCCGUUUUAGUCUCCGCCCCUCACGCUGAGCGCGGCUUGCUAAAAGAGGCACGUGUACUACUGAAUGGAGCUGGUCGCUGGUUGCUACGAACAGGUCCUUUUUGGGUUCGCUGUGCACCGGGAGCGCAAGGCAAGCGGCGGCCACGAGCAGAAAUGGACUCCUGUGGCUGACUUCACUCACCAUGCCCACACGGCCUGCUUGUCAGCGGUAGCUAUAAAUAGUCGUUUUGUAGUCACUGGGAGCAAAGAUGAAACAAUUCAUAUUUAUGAUAUGAAAAAGAAGGUAGACCAUGGAGCUCUGGUGCAUCACAAUGGCACAAUAACUUGCCUGAAAUUCCAUGGCAACAGGCACUUAAUUAGUGGGGCGGAAGAUGGGCUCAUUUGUGUCUGGGAUGCAAAGAAAUGGGAGUGCCUGAAGUCGAUUAAGGCGCACAAGGGGCAUGUGACCUUUCUUUCUAUUCACCCAUCUGGCAAGUUGGCUCUGUCUGUGGGUACAGAUAAGACAUUAAGAACAUGGAAUCUUGUGGAAGGAAGAUCAGCAUUCAUAAAAAAUAUAAAACAAAAUGCUCACAUAGUGGAAUGGUCCCCAAAAGGAGAGAAAUAUAUAGUUGUCAUACUAAAUAAAAUAGAUGUCUAUCGUCUUGACACAGCAUCUGUUACUGGCACUAUCACAAAUGAAAAGAGAGUGUCUUCUGUUACAUUUCUUUCUGAGUCUGUCCUUGCAGUGGGUGGAGAUGAAGAAGUUGUAAGGUUUUUUGAUACUGAUUCAUUAAUGUGUCUCUGUGAAUUUAAAGCUCAUGAAAACAGGGUAAAAGACAUGUUCAGUUUUGGAAUUCCAGAGCAUCAUGUUAUUGUUACAGCAUCAAGUGAUGGUUUCAUCAAAAUGUGGAAGCUUAAACAGGACAAGGAAGUUCCCCCAUCUUUACUUUGUGAAGUGAACACUAACGCCAGGCUGACAUGUCUUGGAGUGUGGCUAGAUAGUGUGACAGACCCGAAAGAAAGCCUUCCUCCAGCUGCAGAGCCUUCUCUAGUAAGUAAAGAAGAAGAGUCCAAAAGCAGCACAAAGGAAUCUGGCGAUGUUGUGCUAGAAGAAGAAAGGCAGUCGAAACCUAGCAUGAAGAAAUGGGGUUUAACUGGUGUCAGUAAGAAGCCAACAAAAGGAAGUGGCCUGGUGUCACCCAAGAAGAAGAAAAUGGUAGACACAUUGGAAAAGAAGAGAAAAAGGAAGAAAAUACGAAUAACUCAGUGAAUUCAAAUUUCUCUUAAGAAAAAAAACCUUUUAAAUGGAAUCAUUCUUUUUAAAUGUACCUAUUUUUUUCUGCCAAGUAAAAGCUAGGAAUUUCCUCUUUUGGGAAAAAAUGUAUAGUUAAAAAAAAUCACUAAGUCACUUUUGGUUUUUGUUUUUUUGUUUUUAAACAGUAGCAAAACUUUUUAGUAGGCGAUAUAUAUCAUGAUAUAUAUUAUGUUAGUGUGUAAUAGAAUUUUUACUUUUGUGUAAAGCAAAUAAAGGUCUUUCUCAAAAUAAUGUAAUACAAAGUAAUACAAAAAUCAAAAAAAUCUUGAACACAGUCUUUACCAGAGGUAAGUAAGAGAGUUUAAGGUCAUGGAAAAUGGCAUUUCUUUUUUUGUCCAUUUCAAGCCAUUAAAAAAUGCAUGUAGCUAAUCUAACAGGUAGUUUUAAAAUCA